AUGUUCACUGCAGGGUACUUGCUCUAUAAUGCGGCCAUAUAUGGGACACUCAUUCUAGUCGCCCAUUUCUGUUGGAAUUUCUUUACCUCCACCGUGAGGUCAUUUCCUGGGCCAGGGCCAACCCGAUUCACAAAUUUAUGGCGCCUUCGAGAUGCCUUCAAAGGAAGAUGUGAUAUCACACAACUGCGACUUCAUCGGAAAUAUGGGUCUGCUGUUCGUCUGGGUCCGAAUAUGCUUAGUCUGUCCGAUCCCGCAUUGAUCCAUCAAGUCUAUUCGACCAAGACACGCUGGAUGAAAAGUGAGAUGUACAAUGUCAAUGACACUAUGGUAAAUGGAGCCCGGCGAAAAGAUAUUUUCUCUCACCGGGACGAGGAAUGGCACUCUACCUUUAUCCGCCCGGUGAGACCGCUUUUCUCAAUGACGAAAGUCCAAGAGUACCAGCCUGCCAUUGACACCAUCCUCAAGAUCCUUGUAGAAAAUAUUCGCGAGAGAUUUGUUGAAACACAUCAGGCAUGUGACAUGUCACCAUAUGUUGGCUAUUUUGCUUGGGAUACCAUGAGUCAGAUCACGUUCUCCAAAGACUUGGGCAUGUUGGAACAUGGAAGGGAUGAACGAAAUCUAAUGGAGAUCAGCACCAAAACUUCGGAUUACUUUUCGCCUAUUAGUCAAUUUCCCAAACUGGAUUUCAUCCUUAAUAAGAGCCCCAUCUACCGGAUUGGGCCACCAAGCAGUGGCUGGGGAGUUCUUUUUGGUAUAGAGCAAGACAAAAACAGACUCAAAAAUGGGAGACCAAAGUCACAGAGCACUGAGUCGCAGCCGAUCGUCUAUUUCAUGGAUAAAUACAUUUCAUUGAAAGACAAGUAUCCUAAUACAGUAACGGAUGACACUAUUAUCACCUAUCUACUUUCGAAUAUCGCAGCUGGAAGUGAUACAGCCGCAAGCACUAUGCGCGCAGUUGUCUACUACAUCCUCAAAAAUCCCUCAGUUCGUCAACGACUUUGUGAAGAACUACGAUCCGCGGACCUGUCAUAUCCUCCCGAAUGGAAGAAAUUACAGGGGUUGAAGUAUUUGGAGGCAGUCAUGCGCGAGUCCAUGCGUAUAAAUCCCGGUGUUGGCUUUAGUCUCGAAAGAGUCGUCCCAAAGGGAGGCUUGACAUUACCCGACGGUCGCUUUAUUCCAGAAGGAACAAUAGUCGGGAAUGAACCCCUGGAACGGUGGCUUCGAGCAGAUUACGAAGCCGAAGAGGAAUAUCAAGCUCGGAUUCAGGCAAUGAAAGGCGCUAAUUUUACAUUUGGAGCUGGAACGCGAAGCUGUGUCGGCCGAUAUCUUUCUGAGCUGGAAGCUUCUAAGUUUUUGGCUACAUUAUUCACUACGUUUGAUAUGGAGCUUCCUAGCUUGGAUCAUGAGUGGAAAGUCACCAAUUCGAUGUUUGUUAGACAGGAGAAUAUUCCAGUCAUAAUACAAGAUGCCUCUUGA